GCGUUUCUUGGUUGUUUGAUCCAGACAUGGAGCGCCCUGUGCUGCUGCUGCUGCUGCUGCUACUGGUGUUCGUGGCGGCGGGCGCUUGCGCUGCCGCUGGUGACGACGCCGUGGAAGGGCCGCACCUCUUGUACCUCAGCGACAGGAAUUUCGAGCACGACACACAAGCAGCAACCGGGCAGACGACUGGAUCGUGGCUGGUGCUCUUCACUGAUCCGGAUUUCGAGGGGGGCAAAGAUGCCGAGCUCGCUCUUCGCAAGCUUCUCGAAGAGACGAGGGACGGGCACCCCCUCUUUGCCAAGGUGGAUGUAGCCAAGAGUCCCAAGACACGCAAGCGCUUUUCCAUCACGAACCCGCCACAGCUCAAGCUGUUCCACGACAGGCGCAUGUUUGACUACUCGGGCGACUGGACCGCCGAAACCAUCUCGGAGUUUGUCAAGCAAGGAUGGAAGGAAACGAGAGCGGAGGAGGUGCCGCCGGAAGCUGCGCUCGGAGGCGAUCUCAUGGAAGCGUUCCAGCACAAAUACUCCCAGGCGUUGCAGUUCUUGGGGAGCCAUCCCAUGGCGCUUGCCGUGGCUGGAACCAUGGUUGCAGUGGCGGGCUACUCAAUCACCAGCGGCAUUCUGGGGGGCAAUGGCAAAGCGAGGCGGAGGAGUGGCAAGAAGUCAGCUAGAGGCAGGAAGAAAGAUUAAGACGUAAAAAUGCUAUAAAUUUAAUCCACUAAAUUAGGAAAUUA